GGCCUAUAUAAAUGCAAUGGGAGUUGCUGUGCAAAGUUACAGUUGGCACUGAAAGGGUUACGAAGAAUGAAGCUGUCCCUGCUGCUGGUCCUUUGCUGCUGCUGCCUUUUGGGGUUGGUCCUUGGCGACUCUAAAGUGGUAACCUUACCACCAUUCAUACGCAGUCGCUAUAGUCUGCGUUGGCGUAAGACCACAACCACCACCAUGGCCCCGCCGGAAGCCACCACUGCACCGGCCUUGCCAGCCCAGGAGGCAGUGACUCCCAGCGUUUCACCCAGGUUGGCCACCUCCACCGCCAAUGUGGAUUAUGAUUAUUACGGGAAUGGUGAAUCCGAAAACAUAGUGCACAAGUAA